AUGACUACCAGCCGAUGGAGAUGGCGAAUGUAUUGCAACACAGAGAUCGGUUGCAAGUAUGGGAACACUAAAGACAAAGACGCCUUUUUCAAGCAUUUUGGGCACAAGAAGGCGAGAAAAGUUCGGCCAUGCUUGAUCAAAACGUCUGGUGUACUUGGGGCAAGCAGUGCACUUUCACACACGAUGAACUAG